CCUGGUUUGAAAUCCAAAUAUGGAUUCACGACCGGUGCCAGGGAUGGACUAUCGAACUCGGUUCAAAGGCUUUCUGACACUGGAAGAACAGAGAACGAAAUUAGUAGAGGAAAUCCUAGCGAAGCUUGACGCUGUAACGGCGCGGCUUGAUACUGUAGCGAAUGAAAGUGCCAGAGAAGCGUCGAUUCUCAAAGCCGAUUUGGAGAGCGAGAAAGAAGCACGCCGUGUAUGGCAGGACAAGUCUGCGACGUUGCGGGACCGUUUAUCGUCCAUGGAACAAGCACGGUUUGUGCUUGUGUUAAUCGAUGCAGAUGCGGAUAAUUACCUGUUCCAUGAGAAGUAUCUGUCGCGUGGUUCGGUUGGAGGGCAGGCUGCCGCAGAUCAGUUCAUGGAGAAAGUUCGAGAGUAUCUGUCAUCUCUCGGUUCCACGAUCGAUGACCCUAAGGCCGUGCCCGUAAUGGUGAAGGCCUAUGCCAAUCUGAGUGGAUUGGCGCAAGCGUGUGUAAGAGACAGGAAGUUGAGUUCCGUUAGUGAUAUGGCCCAGUUUUGGCUCGGGUUCACGCGGCGGUAUCCCCUUGUCGACUUCGUCGACGUUGGUUCGGGGAGAGAGGAAGCGGAUAAUAAGUUGAGAAAGGUGCUCGAUUUUCACAUCGGCAAUCCCCAGUGUGAGCAUACAUUGCUUGCCUGCUGCCAUGACGCAGGUUAUGUUCCGGAUCUUAGACACCAUGCAGCGCAGUCUUCUGAGCGCAUUACUCUCCUUUUCGCCGGUCAUGUAAGGUCGGACAUGAGUGCUCUAGGUUUCCGAGCUACUCGUCUCUUUGAGCCUCUCUUUUCUCAGAACAACUCACCUCGGGUGUCACAGGUCCCAAUGGAUGGCAGAGUUCGCCAACUGUCAGGGAGCACUAUCCAGCAAACCUUGGACAUAAUCACGGCCGAGGCGUCUGCUCCCAUCAAAGAGAAACCAGUUAGCAACUGUGGGAGGUUACGUCCGAUCUUUCGGACUGCUGCGGGGAAGCGCAUUGAUAAAGUUUUGAGUGUGGAGAAACGUCUUUUGCAGGAGAUGAGAGAACGAAAUUUGUGUAGUUGGCACUAUUUGCGUUCCGAUUGUCAGAAGAGAGGUUCUUGUGAAAGGGUCCAUAAUUAUCCGAGGCCUUUGAGCCCGGAGCAGUAUGAUGCUCAGUGGUUAGUUGCACGGCAGGGUGCCUGUUAUACCCUGCGCAAGAGAGGCGAUUGCGAUGAUGAUCAGUGUAUGUAUGGCCACGGUGUUCCUUGAAGUUAUUGCUAUCAUGAGGUUGGGUAUACCUUGGAGAUGGAGCUAGAAAGCGAGAUCCCUGUUGAGGUGAUUUCGCGGGUCUGAAUUUUGGCUCGCGUUAGCGAUUGGAGUGGGUCUACAUUUCUUGGUCGGGGAUGGACGUGUCACGUUGAAGGUAUUAGAACUGCAAACAGGAGGUGGUAUUGCUUGGUAUUGUGAACAUAAUCGGAAUUCGGCUUGCUGUCCAUCCAUCCUAAGCUCUGGAGAAAGAAAAAUUGCGAUUUAAUUUCAGGUCUUGCAUAAUCAAUGUCAGCUAAGCUCUG